AUGGAGAUUGUAGACGAGGAGCCACGCAUGCUUGAAAUAGUGAACUUGCUGGAAGCUACACUAUCGUACAAACCACCCUUCCACCAAGAAUUUGAUCCACUUGGUGUCGUUGCCACCAAUCCCAUCCCAAUCACCGUUGUCGCACCAACCCUCACCUUCAAGCCACUACCCUCACAUUUAAAGUAUGCCUAUCUUGGUACAUCUCAAACUCUCCCCGUCAUUAUUAACUCUGAUUUACUUGAAGAGGAGGAAGAAAAAUUACUACAAAUUCUAAAAAAGCAUAUAACAGCUAUUGGGUGGACUAUUGUGGAUAUUAAAGGAAUUAGUCCUUCUACAUGCAUGCAUAGAAUUUUAUUGGAGGAAAAUUUCAAGCCGAUGAUAGAAAAUCAAAGAAGGCUAAAUCCAAAUAUUAAGGAAGUUGUUCGUGCCAAAGUAAGCCCAGUCCAGGUAGUGCUGAAAAAAGGAGGAGUCACGAUAGUAAAGAAUGACAACAAUGAGCUCAUUCCUAUAAGGACCGUGACUGGUUGGCAUGUGUGCAUUGAUUAUAGGAAGCUCAACACCGCAACUCGUAAGGAUCACUUCCCCUUACUAUUUAUUGAUCAAAUGUUGGAGAGGUUGGUUGGCCAUGCCUAUUAUUGUUUUCUAGAUGACUAUUCGGGAUAUAAUCAAAUCUCAAUAGAGCCCGAAGACCAAGAAAAGACUACCUUCACAUGCCCCUUUGGUACCUUUUCCUAUAGAAGAAUGUCAUUAGGUUUGUGCAACGCCACUACUACUUUUCGAUGUUGCAUGAUGAGUAUAUUCUCUGAUAUGGUGGAACGCUUUAUUGAAGUAUUCAUGGAUGAUUUCUCUAUUGUUGGGUCAUCAUUCGACUCUUGUCUCUCAAAUUUAGCAUUAGUUCUACAACACUGCGAAGAAACUAACUUGGUUUUGAAUUGGGAAAAAUCCCAUUUUAUGGUAAGAGAAGGAAUAGUCCCUGGGCACAAGAUUUCAACCAAAGGAAUUGAGGUUGAUAAAGCCAAGAUCCGUGAAGGGAGACCGAAACUUCCAUGGUCACAACGGGAUGUCACAUUCAACUUUGAUGAUCAAUGCUUGGAGGCUUUCAAGAUUCUAAAGGAGAAACUCACAUCCGCUCUAGUAAAUAUCACACCAAAUUGGGAAGUACCAUUCGAAAUUAUGUGUGAUGCCAGUGACUAUGCCGUAGGGGCUGUUUUGGGCCAAAGGAAAGACAAAUUGCUUCAUGUGAUUUCCUACGCUAGCCAAACUCUCAAGGAUGCACAAUUGAAUUGUGCCACAAUCGAGAAAGAGCUACUAGCUAUUGUCUAUGCCUUAGACAAGUUUCGUUCCUAUCUCAUUGAAAGAUGCAAACCACGGUUGAUUCGAUGGGUAUUGUUACUUCAAGAGUUUGAUUUGGAAAUAAGAGACAAAAAGGGGUUUGAAAAUGUCGUGGCCGAUCAUUUAUAUCGGUUGAUCCAAGAUGGAGCCGAGGGCAAACUAGCUGCUACCACACCUAUAGCCGAGACGUUUCCCGACGAGCAACUCUUGGCCAUCCAAUCUUCCAUCACUCCUUGGUAUGCUGACUAUGUCAACUAUUUGGUUAGUAAUGUCCUUCCACCCGACAUGACUUUCCAACAACAAAAAAAAGGUUGGUCUCACUAG